AGCCGGCUCCCUUCGCUGUGUAGAGUCGCGCGCGCACCACGAGCGUACACGUCUCCGCGUAAAAAUAAAGUCCACGGCCCGCGCUCUCGCACUUCAACCCAUUUAUAAUUAUCAGUAAAUCGCCGUGCGAGUGCAUGACUGCCGCGGCCGGCGACCGCUCGCCGAAAAGAAAAUCACAUUCGUUAACCUCGAACCCGAAUCUCACGUUGCUCUACACCGAGCCCUUGUUUCACAUACGAACGACGCGAAAUCCCUAAAAUACGUUUAGACGAAUAUCGACGGAAUCGUCACUCCUACGCAAUAGAUACCGGUGUCGCGAGACGCGUGGAGCCGUCUGUGAAUGGAUCGUGUGUGUUGUGUGAUAAAGAUUAUGUUGUGCUAGUGAUAACAGUGUAGCGAUUUUUAAACAUGCCUGAGAGACCGAAGCGCCGUAAAAAUAAUAAAAACAAACGUAAUAAAAAUAAAAACAAUAAGCCAGAAGUGAUUAAAAAUAAUAGUGAUGAAAAGAAAUUGGACAGUGGUGAAUCGUGUAAUAGUAAAACCGAUAGCAAAGAAGAUUUAGUUGAAAAUGAGUCUGUUGAUUCAAAAGAAAUUGAACAGGAAAUUAUACAACCCUCGAUUGAAAAUGAAAAUGCAACAGGUAGUACCUCAAGUAAUGUAGUUAAUUUGAAUGGUGAUUUAAAUAACAACAGCGAUCAAAUCAUUGAAAAUGUGCCGACCUCACCAACGGACAAAUGCGUUACUGUUGAUGCUGUAGACGCUACAGCUUACGUCGUAGAAGCUCCUGGCCAAUCUCGUCAAAGUAAAAGUAAAGUCAAAUUAUCAAGCAAAAGUAAAAGUUUAGAUGAUGAUGAAGCUACAAAAAUUAUCGAUAUCACCGAGGAUGUUGCAGUUGAGCCCUCAAAUGAAAAUGCUUUGGCUUUAAUAGAAACUCAAAAUGUCAUAGUGACCCAUGUUGACUCCGAUGUGGAGUGGGAGAAUGCUGCAGAACUUAAUGAAGUUGAUGUAAAACAACCACAAGAACUUGUUACGGGUACUUUAUCAAUUACCUCGAUCCCUCUCACUGUGGCGCAAUGUGAACAAACGAAAUCUUUGACACCUGAUGAAGAAAAGUCUUUAAGAAGUUAUUUGAAUACUCUUAACUUAGCAACUCAACCAGGUGGUGUAAAUUCUAUAGAAAUAAAAACUGAAAUUGAAGAAAUAAUAAAUCAAGAAAUUAAACACAGGUUACGCAAAAAAGCAAUGGCUGAUGACUUUUUCCUACACAGGUUGGGACCUCCAAGAAUGUUGGACGUCAUUGAUGAAGAAGGUAGUAGUGGAUCAUCUAUGACUUCAAGACGCCAAUCUUAUCUCAGUGACAAAAAGAGUGAUGUUGAGGACCUGGAAGACGACGUAUUUGAAGAUAAUAACAGCAAAUUAACUAAACAGAAAAAAAUGAUGUCCACUGCCGUUCACAAGAAAUCUUUUGGAAAGCUAGUACCUCAAGAGUGUCUCUUAGUAGGUGCUAAAAUUAAAGAACCCGAAGUAAGUGAAGCCAGAGGUGAUUGGACUAUGAAAACUGUUGAGAAAAUGACUGGUGCUGAGGUUGUUUACUUAACAGAUACAUCCAGUAGUACAAGUUCGCUUCACGAAAUCGGCGAUGAAGAUGAUGGUGUCGAUACAGAUGUGUCAGUACGUAUGAUUACACCAACGAUAGAAGUCACCGACACUGAAAACUUCCUUAAAAAAACAUUUAUUUCAAACACUGACAAUAAGCAACAUAUAUUUACUAAUCCCGAGAAAACAACAGAAAUACCCAUUCAAGUUAUGAGUAAUGAAAAGGUCAGUGAUAAAACAGAAAAGAAAAAUACAGAUACUGAGCGUAUAAUAAAGGUGCAGGUAGAAAAUGACCAAAGUAUAAACACAGAAAAAAUUGUUCCCGAAAACAUGGGUACCGAAAGGGUCGUAGAAGUUACUUAUGAUAAAGAAAUAAAGGAAAACUCUCAAAGUCUUGUUUGUGAUGACACAAAACCUAAUGAACAUAUAAUAAAAGUAGCCUUGGAACAAAAUGCCAAGAAAAAUGACGAUCAAAUUAAUACCAGUAAUAAAGCAGACAAGCAUCGCACCUUACGUACACAAAGUGAAAAUUGUUCUGAAGAAAGUAAAAAUAUCGUAGAACAUAUUUCUAGUCAAAAUUCCCAUGAAAUCGUAGUUUUGUCAACGGAUAAUAUUAAAACUAACUUAUACGUCAAAGAUAUCGAAGAACCUAUAAAUGAAAAUGACAACAAAAAGCACGCAACGCAAAACAAAUACGAGUUAGAAUCAAAACUCAUAAAAUGCGAAUUUAAUGAUGCUAUAAAUAACUUGAUUAAGGAAGUUGUUUCUGAAUCGGAGGAUACAAAUGAAAAUGCAAAAGAAACAUUUUCCCGACAGGAUUCCUCAAGCAGUGUGGACUCCUCUCAAUGCACGGCAAAAUAUAACCCUAAUUACUCUUCCCUAAAUGACAUUGUUAGCAUGACGCAUGAUGAAACUACUAUGAAUAACAAGACAAACUCAGAACAAUUGUCUGCCACUACCAGUCAUGUCAAAGAUGUAUUUGAAUGUGUUACAGGAGCCUCACGUCAAAAUAAGACCAUAGCUGAUGAUGACACAAAAGAGCCGUUAAAAUUGAGAGAUUUGUGUGUCAGAAACAUAGCAACAUUGCCUUAUGGUAAGAAAAUACUUGAAGAAUUAGCGUCUGUGUCAGAACGUUUACAGAAUAUUGCACUUUACGGAACUACAGCAAAAGUAAUAGACAAAAAACCAGACACCGACAAGAUGCCACAUUAUCGGUUACCUGACGUUUCAUCAAUUGACACGAUAACUAUACCAGUUAAAACAAAAGAUUCCGUACCUCCACCUGUUAAACCUCGACGGUCUUCACUAAGGAAAACGUCACAAGAAGAAGAACACUGGACUGGUGUACCUACAAAAACUGAACCUGUAUACGUUUGUCUGUCCCCUUCACAAAAAAUGUUAAUGGAAAAAACGAAUACUGUGAUAACAAAAGAUGAAGCAAGCCAUCUUGUUGAUAUGCAUAGAAAAUUUGUAGAUCGUCGUGGCUAUAAUGAACAUUACAAAAGUGACAAGGAGAGAGAAGAAAGUGAUACCGAUAAUACACCAAUUAUACCAUUUAAAUCUCAAACUGGAAGCCGUUUGCUGGCUUUGAUUCGCGAUCCUACUCUCACGAAUAAUAUCAACUCUCUAAACCAAAGAUUAAACAGCAGUACAGAUGAUAUUCAAAUGAAACGUACUACUACGACAUUCAUGAAAAGUAAUCAUGAUAGAUUUGCAAACAGAGACUUCUCAUUCAAGCCAAUUCCACCACCACGACCUAAAAAGUACUCAUCAUCAUUUUAUGAAAGUGAUGAAAGUUCUGAUUUUACUGAUAGCUCCAUGCGCUCAAUGAAGAGUGAAAGAAAGUUCUUCCAUUACUCUACUGGAAACCUUAAUAAAGAAAUUGAGAGUGACGUCUCUUCAAUACAAAAUAUGCAUCGUUUCUUUACCGACAAAAGAGACGAGAUGAACGACUAUAAAUGUCCGAGAAGACCUUCACUCCCGAAAGAUUUAUGUGAACAACAAAUGGAAUACAUCCGUAAAAAAGAAAAGGAAGUAGAAGCCGAAAUACAACGUCUCGAAGCUUUAAAAAGUAAUAUUCCACAGAUGCAAAAACAAUCUGGGCCCAGAGCACCUCUGAUAUCUGAAAAGGAAGUAAUUGAUGAAAGAAUAAAAGAUUCAAAUAACUAUUCUAUAUCUCGUAAAAAAGAUGUAGUUAUGACAUCUCAUGGGUCUGAACCAAAGAAAGGAAAGUUGUCUUCAGUAUUUAGUAGUAGCCAGGAAGAACUACUUCGUGAAAAAAUGUACUCAGAAUACGUAUCGCAAAUGGCAGAACGUGAGGAAAGGCGGCAACAUAAAGUCAUUAAAAUUACCAAUCCAACUCCAUCUUCUACUAAUCAUAUAACAAUUUCAAAAAGUAUGCCAGCUCUCGAUAUUCUUGAUGCUAAAGUCAACAAUAGAAUCGAAAAAGAGUUCAUUUCUAAAGCUAGGGAACGGUGGGAUAAGCUAGGUAUUAAAGACCCCGAAACUGAAGACGAACGAGAAUCUAAUAACGUGUAUAAAGAGCCUAAAGUGAUAGAACAUAAAAUUAAAGUGAUCGAAGGUGGUGAAGAGAAGGACGUUAAAAAGUUACCGAGCCAUCUGCAAGAGUUUGUGCGGUUUACGGCUAAAGACACUGAAAAGAGCACGAGCAGCGCUGACACUGUCAUGAUUGCACCGACCUUCAAAGCGCGCUCGACCUCUCCAGCUAUUUGGAGGCCGGGCGCGCCGCCCCCGGUAGCUGGCACUCCUGCGCGGAGCCCGGGCGCUCCACCACCGCCGCCGCCGCCGCCCGUGUGGACUCCGGGCAGCGCGGGCGCUUCGCCCCAAACACCGCGCAAGACCUUCAGGCCUGUGCACUUCGAAGAAACGCCACCCGCCCGCCGUAAAUUCCCGAACUCAGAACAGAACGGCGCCACAAGUGAAUCGGAAAGCGAGGGUAGGCUGAGGACAUCUCACAGUGCGCCUGUCACUGGUCUCAGCAACCUGGGUGGCUCCAACUUCGGUAGCCGGUUACCUAAGGCACAGAACCCCACUGUCACGUUGUUACAGAAGGCACGAGAAGGGCAGAUUUCGCGUGGCUCCAACUACAUCCAGCAGGAGCGAGACGCGGCGAGACUGCCGCGUGACCGUCCAUCUCCACCAAGAGGCGACCCAGUUCAUGCUCUUCGAAAAGAAUACGCGAGUGAAGGCGAGGCCGACAGAAGCGAUUACGAACGCGGAGGGAUCCGUAAAAUGGCGGAUGCCCAAAGAAAAGUAGAAGGAAUCGGACCCAUCACCAAAGACGGAAUGCCAGUCGCACUGAGAUCUGAAGUCAAAGACCCCUCGAGGUGGUACAAAAAGAUGUACGACACCAUACACAAAAACAAAUACGACGACGAUUAUGUGACUAUUCGAUACAAAAGUCGUCGAGGCCAACCACCAGAGAGAGUGCUCAGUAAUAAAUCCCAGUACGCCUACUUUGACCCCCGUUCCGGUUACCUAAGUGAGCCGGAGGGAGGUCUAAGUAGGCUGGGCAGCAGCACGUGGAGCGAUGCUUAUGACAGCGAUGUGACAACUGGCCCUCGAAGACGGACAGCUUCAGUGCAGGAAGAUAGAAGAUUCAAUGAUGUUAACUCACAGUAUUCGUCUAGUACCAAUAAAUAUAGCACAUUAGCAUCAGCGAGAGCGAGCCAAGAAGUAUACAAGAACCAGCCAGGAAGAAUAGAGAACUACGUUCCAGGAAAGUCAUCAGUCGUUGACAAAGAAGCGAAACAGUGGUGGGACGAGGUCAUGGACAUUUUUGACGGGUGGUUAGAUGACAACUCCCCACUCCCCCCCUACACAACAUUGCUAGCUCGCGCGAUACAGAAGAGUCAAAACAUUUCAAGUACGACAUCUUUGCCACAAUCGUCACCAAAGGAGAAAAAAGAUUUAACGGCUACGAUCCUGUCUAAAUCGAACAUGGCAAGGGCUCUUAAAGAAUCAGGAUACGAAUCCGACUCGACGCUAGUGUUCCGUCGUCGUGAAGAUACGGAGGCACCUUUGUCACCAGCAGAGAGGAGAGCCGCCUACAGAGACCUGCAAGCUGGUGGUGAACCUCCUCUCAGAGGGUUCCGGUCCCCAGCACCACCUCGACAAGAGAACGACUCAGCACCGGAGCCUCCACGCAGAACCUCGCACGGGAGCUACUCAGAUACAGAAUCCCCUCGCCGCUACGUGGAGAGUGACGUUAACAUCCACUACAGAUGUCCGGUGAGGCACGAUCCCCUGCCUCUCGUGCCGGAGAGGGAGCUGGCGCGCCAACAGGCCGAGCACAUGAAGAGAUUGUACAGAGAACAGAAGAGGAACAAAUAUCUACAGGAAAACGAAAUACGUCCCGCUGAUAUAGAAGCAUUCGAUGCCUCAAUGAAGGAGCUACAAGACAUGCAGAACCGCCGUCACCAGGAUAACUUCACGCCAUCACAAAAGAACAUUCUUCCUCUAAACAGAUACGAUGAAGCUGAGAAAGUUAUUGCCAAGGCUUUGUACACAUUCAAUGGACAGACGGCAAGAGAACUGAGUUUUAGAAAAGGCGAACUGAUUCAUGUGAGGAGACAAAUUGACAACAACUGGUAUGAAGGUGAACUCCACGGGAGAAUAGGCCUGUUCCCUUACAAUUACGUUGAGAUCCAAAAAGGUGAUGUAGUACAAACUCCGAAAAAGCCAGCGAUAGUCGAGGGUCGAGCUCGAGCAAAGUUCGAUUUUACUGCACAAACGAACUUGGAACUGCCCUUGAAGAAGGGAGAAGUGGUUGUGCUAACAAGGCGCAUCGAUCAGAACUGGUGGGAAGGAAGAAAUGGCUCCAAGACGGGAAUAUUCCCUGAUAGCUACGUAACUGUGCUACAGGAACCCAGCCCUAAUAAACCUGAUCCGCAGCCAAUACUGAACAGCGAUAAGCCAGUGGCGUCUCCAGCGGCUCACGGUCUGCUCAAUGGCUCAGCUAAACGCAGCAUGGGUUCUCACAGUUACACUCCUCAACCGAACAGUCCCGCGCUCUCCAAUGCACCACCAGCCACACAACCACUUCCAGGUUACGUCGCGAAACCUGCGCAGGCGACGCUGACGCCAUCAGAGCGCGGUUACGGACCGCCAACGGGUGCGGGCGUUGACCUCAAUAACACGGAGCCCUUGUAUGUGGACACCAAUGCGGAGGCCAUACCAUACCGCGCUAUGUACAAGUACCGACCACAGAACCCUGACGAACUAGAGCUGAACGAGGGCGACACGGUGUACGUCCUGGAGAAAUGUGACGACGGCUGGUACGUAGGCUCCAGCCAACGCACUGGACGCUUCGGAACCUUCCCAGGAAACUACGUGGAGCGCAUCUGAUAGCGCGAGACAUCGCUGUUGCGGCGCCUGCGCCGCGCCGCGCUGUGCGCGCGCCGCCCGCGAUAACACUGCACGCCACACGUAUUCACUGACCAUACUGCGUUGGAUAGACAUUAUCAAACACGGAGUAGUAUAAAUACAAUGCUAAAGAACUUACAAACGAGUGAAUCGUAACCCACAAACUUCUCCCACCUAGUACUCCAUUCGUUCACUACUCCGUGGCCCGAUACUUAGCCAGUGAAUAUACAUGAACAUUCGAGUGUUAUGAAAGAUGAUUGUCACCAAAACAUUGUUAGUUUAUAACCAAUAUUCUGAAAUACCCCGAUCUACCUUCUAUAACAAUAUACCUAAUAGAUUUAUAAACCGCGCCCUCGAUUACGUACUCUUCACCAUGAAACGGUGGAGGUCAUAUAUUAAGUGUAAGCUCCGAUCUAUGUUAAAUAUAACCCAUAAUGUACCUUAGAGUCUAUCGUCAAAUGAUACCAAAAUUACGCCAUGACUUUUUAUAAUAUUUUUUACAAAGGAUGUAAGCUAAGUAAGCGUCCCGUAGCCUGCGGGAAGUCGGCCUUCGGUGGAAGUAGUUGCUGACCAAAGCGUACCAACAAGUACGGCAUUAGUACUACAAAGCCUAACAUACUAACAGUAGAACGUAUGAAUGUAUCGGUGUACCUAUAUUUUCGCUUCUAUCAUCCGUGGACUAGAGUAUCUAACCGCGUCACAUCAAUGUAAUCUAUCCAAAGUUGUUUUAUGCGUCCCAAAGAGUAUGUUUAUCAAAUAAUUACGAUGUUGUAUAAUUGUAAAAAAUAAUAAAAAUACUUAUAUACUUGUAAAAUUGUUUAGCGUAGUAUUUAUUUAUAACUUAGGAGUGACUUGUUUGGGCUCGUCUUUUAAAAGUGAUAUUUUAAAAGGUCGAAGCUGGAUUACUAAUUCUAAAAUACUAACCGAUUUAUAUACAUCAAUACAUGGACUACAUAACUGCAAAAGUCAAACUUUGGAUUGGUAGUUGUAGUUAAAUUCAGGGAGUAACAAAGUUUCGACGUUUUGUAAGCAUUGGCGUUACAGCUGUACCC